UAUGUAGGUAUAUAACUAAAUGGCUUUGAUUUGAGGAUUUGACACACCCUUAGAGUUACUCUAACCUAAAUAAUCUCAUUUGAUAAUAUAGUCAAAGAGUGUUCUUGUCUUUUUGGUUUAGUGGCUGGUGUUCUAGGGAUUUCUUUGUUUAUGUUGUUGUGCUCUAUUUAAGGCCCGAAAACAGGGAACCAACUUUGUGUGCUGGUGCUAUUUAAGUUUUUUUAAAAGGUUUUUUUUUUGGGGAUAUAUAUUGAAUUUAAUUAUUGUAUUUUUAUUUAUAUAUAAUUUUCAAUAGACGUAAUUAUGACGUUAUAGUUUGAUCCGAUUAUCCCAACGAUUGAAUUAGUAAAUCGUGAAUUGUAAAGUAAUUGAAGUGAAGCUCAGUAGAUACUAGUAUGUAUCAGCAGGUUGUGUCUGAAGAUUCUAAAGAAGUUGAAUUUUUUUAUUCAGAGUCAUGUUAUUGCCGUUUGUUAAAAUGCAAGAACCUUUGGCAAGGAUGAUAAGAGACUUUACGCUGGUGAUUUCUUAUAUGCAGAGAGAUAAUGUUUGUGUGAAUUAUUCAGAUUCUAUGUUGGAAAAUGGAAAGCUUCUGUGUUUGCUAGGAAAAUUGAACAAAUAUUGUGUUCUAGAAGAAAUAAUGCAGGUUGGGAGGAGAAAGAAUAAUAUAUUAGAACUUAAUUUUGGAAAUAUGAAAGACUGAGGAGUAUUAGCAAACUAAAACUUCCAUAUUUUGCUUGUAGAAAUGGAGAGAGAAAAAGAUGACAAAGUUCUUCCAAUUUUUCAUCAUCUUCUUCAUAAAAACAUGCCAUGGAAUCUGACAUAUUUUUUAUAUUUAACCAGAUUUGGGAAAAGAAGGGGAAAAAAAUAAAAACUAGAAAAAAGGAAACAUCGAACCCUAAUAUGAUACUUUGAUUUAACAUUGCUUAAUGUGGAAAAAAAGUCAAAAUUUUGGAAAAAGAAAAUUGGAUGAGAACAUUGAGAAGCCUUUGUUGAAAUAUCCAGUUAUAAUUUUCUUUCUUUUAGACAACAGAGCUGCUUUCAACUUCACAUCUGCAUCCUGUAAUUUUUUUUUUUUUAAAUUUUUUUUCUUUUCUCCCUAUCCUGUAAAUUAUGAGUUGCUGCUGCUAUGCAGUUUUGAGAAAAGAAGAUGCUGGAGAACGAGGCAAACCCUUAUAUCAGCAAGACAACUCGUUUGCCACGGAAACGUUUUUAUCGGGCACGAGCUCACAGUAAUCCACUAAGUGACUCCCACUUCCCUGUGCCUAUCUCCCCUUGCCAUGUCGACUAUUCCCUCCAUUUCCCUCAACUGUUUCCAUCAUCCGAUCAAGUUGGCAAUUCCAAGAAGAUCCAAUUUGCAGAUAUCGGCUGUGGUUUUGGAGGACUCCUAAUUAGUCUUUCAACCCUAUUCCCUGACAUCCUAAUGAUCGAGAUGGAGCUGAGGGACAAAGUGACGGAGUAUGUCAAGGAACGGGUUUUAGCUUUGAGGGUAGCACAUCCUGGUCAGUACCAAAAUGUAUCAGUGGUUAGAACUAAUUCCAUGAAAUACAUUCCGAAUUACUUUGAGAAAGGACAGUUAUCGAAGAUGUUUUUCCUGUUCCCUGAUCCUCACUUUAAAGAGAAGAAUCAUAGGCGUCGUGUGAUCAGCCCACACUUGCUAGAUGAAUAUGCUUAUGUUCUUGGAGUUGGCGGGAUUAUAUGUACAAUUACGGACGUGGAAGAAUUUAGGGAGUGGAUGAAGGCUUGUUUGAAGGGGCACCCUAUGUUUGAAGCUCUUACAGAUGAAGAACUUGAAGCUGAUCCAGUUGUGAAGCUCUUGAGUAGUGCCACUGAGGAAGGACAAAAGGUUGCGCGGAAUGCGGGACAAACUUUCCAAGCAGUUUUUAGACGCAUUGUGCUGUCUGCUUGAUCUGAGUAGCGCCAUACCAAAAAAAAAAAUACAGAAUCUUCAUCCAGAAUGAUGUAGCUGCUUUAGGUCCCCUCAUUUUAAAAUCGAAAAAGCCCAUCAGAAUGGCUUCUAUUUCCUAGAAUGCCCUUGCCACAUCAUUUUUUAGAUUAAUUCUGUAUAACAAUUUUGUUUGUAGAUCAUUUUCCCUUUGAUUUUGAUAGACACAAGUUAGGAACUAUUAUGUAUAAUGCUCUCCAAUUUUGACAGUUCAUGCCAAUUCUGUAGCAUGGUAUAGUCUAAAUCAAUUUUCAUGUUC